AUGAGGAAUGACUCUAUGGCCUCGACACCGAGAAACGUUUCUUCUCUGCCAGAUGCGGACGAUGAUUAUGAUUCUGUGUACCUUGAGAACAACCCAAACAUCACAAUAUCUGAUUAUCAAGAAUCCAUCGAGCGGCCUUCUUCUUCACAUGAUGAUGAUGAUUCUGAGUACCACGAGAGCAAGCCAAGUACCCCAACACCUGGUCACUAA